AUGGUUAAAACAGAGUGUAAUCAAAUGAAUAAUGGUGAUGGUGGUUGGGAUCAUCAAACCACUCAUCAUUAUUUAAAUUCAACAAAAUCUUAUACAAAUGUUAAUUUAAUUAUUAAUAAUAAUCGUCUUAAUUGUAAUCAAUAUUCACCAAAUGAAACAAAAUAUAGUCAACAACCACCAUCAAAUUCAAUCACAAAUAUUUCUCCCAAUAAACUACGAACAAAUGGCAAUAUUUCAUCAUCUUCUUCAUCAAGGAAAUCAACUCCAUCAAAUACCAAUACGACAACAUCUUCUUCCGCCUCCUCGUUAUCAUCCGUAUCAUCUACAAAUGGUGGUGCACUACUACAAAAAGAAAUUUAUCCAUGGAUGAGCGAUAAAAAACAUAACAAUAACAAGAAGAAUGGAUGUAGAAAUAACAACAGCAGCAACUCUUCAACAUCACCAUCUGGCCACAUCUUUCUCUACAAUCCCACAUCAUUUGAUUCCAGACAGAGUAUAAUGUUGAGAGAUAAAGAAAAGACUGGAAAUGAUUGUCGACAAGCUACAGCUUCGAACCAAGAAUCAUCAUCCAGUGCGUCGAAACGUGCUCGAACAGCAUAUACAAGUGCUCAAUUGGUCGAAUUAGAAAAAGAAUUUUUAUACGCUCGAUAUUUAAAUCGUCCACGACGUAUUGAAUUAGCUCAACUAUUAAAUUUAACUGAAAGACAAAUAAAAAUAUGGUUUCAAAAUCGUCGUAUGAAAUUUAAAAAAGAUGGAAAAGGACGAACAUCUUGUGGUGAUUCACCAUUGGCUACAACAAGCGAUAAAGAUAUGUGCGAUAAAGAUAUGCUAUUAAAUCCACCAUCAUCCAUAGCACUUGAUGUAAAAUUUUCUCUUCAUCCUCAACAAUAUUUUUCGAUGCCACAUCACCAUUCUCAACUCUCCUAUCACAAAGCCUUUAAUCACGACUGUACAAAUAAUGGCACUAAUUCGAUGUUCGAUAUGACCGGUACAACCAAUGGAUACGAAUUAACUAAAUCAUCACCAUCGUCAACAUAUAUGAACACAAAUAUUUACUAUAACAAACCACUGACGAAUUGUAAUGGAACUGGAUAUGGGUAUGAUAACAUGCCACAAAUGAAUUUCUAUUAUAAUCCACCACCACCAACAAACUUUUCUCCAUCAUACAAAGAACAUUCAAUGAGCUUUCUUGAUUCAUCAGAUAUAUAUAAUACAUCGAACAAUAUGACACAAAAUCAAAAACAUAUGCAUCUGUAA